CAAUGCGACGGCUCCUGAAGCCACACUGCCACCGUCUCGCUUUGUGAAACACUGUCAGAAGUGUGAUCGAGUUCAGAAAAAAUCUUAUCGGCAACAGGCAUACAAGAAAAAGAAGAAGAUGCCAAAAAUGUAUCCAGCUGGCCAGAAGAGUUUACAGAAAGAACAUCAAUGUGAAGAUGAUGUCUCUGAAAAGAGGAACAAAAGAAAGGGCAGGACUAACAUUCAGAGACCCCGCAAAAUUAUAAACCGUAUCAAGGUGAGAGACUGUAAUCCUCAAUAUAUGGGCCCAGAUGAAGACUUAAACAGAUUGGGCUCCAGUUUGGGCAGACGCGGCUACUUGAAGGACAGUAAAGCCCACAAGCCGUCAGAAUCCUCAAAGACUAACACAGUGAGGCCCGAGAAGAAAUUGUGUCCAAAUCAAACUGGAGAAGAUGUUCAAGAAAAUGACAACUUGUCCUCUCUUCAGGGUCGUCCACAAAUUAAACAACCUGAUAAGAACAGGAAGAAACUGGCAUCUGCAACAAAGACCUUGGUAACUGCAUCUCAGCACCCUAGAUUGCAGCCUAUUGUGAAGCUAACAAGGAUCGAUGCCAUCAAAUCUCAAAGAGUGUACAAUAUAAAUCCAAUCCGCCACAAGUGUGUGGAAACAUUUAAAUACAAAUUGAAUUCUAAAGAUAAUGGAGGGAUUCAUGGGAGUAAGAAACCGUAUCACUGUCCUGAAGGUGGGAAACAAUUCUCAGAUAGUCACAUGCCUAAGAAACACAGAGAAGAUAAUACAGGGAAGGAGUCAUACCACCGUUCUAAAUGUGUUAAGAACUUUUCAAAACACAGCCAUACCACAACUCCCAUUGUAGAGAAACCAUAUUUGUCUAAACAUGGCAAACGAUUCUCACAAGUGAGCCACCUUCAGACAGACAUGAUUGGUCACGGACAACAGGGUUUAUGUUGUUGUCCAGUAUGUGGUAAACAUUUCUUUGACAAGAGCCGUCUUCGCAGGCACAAAAGAAUUCACACUGGAGAGAAACCAUAUUGUUGUUCUGAAUGUGGCAAACGGUUCUCACAAUCAAGCCAUCUUCAGACACACAUGAGAGUGCACAAAGGAGAACAGCCAUUUUCCUGUUCUGAAUGUGGCAAACGGUUCUCACAAGCAGGCCAUCUUCAGACACACAUGAGAGUGCACAAAGGAGAACAGCCAUUUUCCUGUUCUGAAUGUGGCAAACGUUUCUCACAAGCAGGCCAUCUUCGGACACACAUGAGAGUGCACACAGGAGAACAGCCAUUUUCCUGUUCUGAAUGUGGCAAACGGUUCUCACAAACAAGCCAUCUUCAGAAACACAUGAGAGUGCACACAGGAGAACAGCCAUUUUCCUGUUCUGAAUGUGGCAAACGGUUCUCACAAACAAGCCAUCUUCAGAGACACAUGAGAGUGCACACAGGAGAACAGCCAUUUUCCUGUUCUGAAUGUGGCAAACGGUUCCCACAAACAAGCAAUCUUCGGACACACAUGAGAAUACACACAGGAGAACGGCCAUUUUCCUGUUCUAAAUGUGGCAAACGGUUCUCACAAACAGGCCAUCUUCAGACACACAUGAGAUUGCACACAGGAGAACAGCCAUUUUCCUGUUCUAAAUGUGGUAAACGAUUUGCAAGUAGCAGUAAUCAUCUGAAACAUUUAAGAGUUCACACUGGUGAGAAGCCCUAUUGCUGUCCUGAAUGUGGCAAAAGAUUUUCCAACACAAGCAAUCUUCUGCGUCAUGCAGAAGUCCACAAUUAAGACCAUCUUUAGGCCUGUUCUGAAUGUGGCAAGAAAUUCUCACAAAGAGGCAGUCUUCGUAGACAUAUAAGAACACACAUUUGAUAGAGGCCAUACUCGUUUCCUGAUUAUGACAAGCUAUUCACCGAUAACAGCAGCCUUCAUAGACACAAAAGAAGUCAUUCUGGAUUACGGCCAUAUUGUUGCUCUGAAUGUGGCAAGCGAUUCAUACAACCCUGCAGUCUUCAGCGACACGUAAGAACUCACAGAGGAGAAAAGCCAUACCGUUGCUCUAAGUGUGAAAAAACAUUCAUACAGAAAACUCCUUUUCAGGGACACAUGAAAAUUCAUGCUAAAAAGGCAAAGUCCAAAGAGACUGUAAAUAACAAAAAGAAAAAUCAGAAAUAAUUCAUUCAGGUGUGGAAAGAAAAUUGGAAUUGCUCUGCUAGUUGGUUACACAGAAUGAAUUUGACAAAAAUUGGCAGACUCAUUUAGGCAACCCUGCUUAUUAAUUUACUGUAAGUGGCUUUUGCACUAAGGACUAUUGCACAUUGU